AUGGAUGCGUGCUUAGCCGUUGAUCGUGAGGUCGACAAAGUAUUGUCAAGGUUUGAAGACAUGAGUAAAAGCUAUAAUGUUGUAUUGCAGCAAUUGAUUGAUAGUCUGGAAAUAAUACAAAAUGAUUGGCAAAAUAAUGCUAUUAAAGACGAAAAUAAAAUGUCAUCAAUUAAUGAUAUAUCAAAUUUAAUUUAUAAAUCAAAAGAAAAAACACAACAAUUAGCUAUUGAACACCGAGAACUACAUAGUACUGUAUCAAAAGUGGGAAAAGCAAUUGACAGAAAUUUUGUAUCAGAUUUUGACGCAACUUGUAAAGAGGAUAUUUUUGAUGAACCCAAAAAUGCCACAUUACUUAAUUAUAUCAUCUGUCAACAUUUUUAUAGACAAGGCAACUUGGAUAUUGCUGAUGAACUUGUAAUGGAAUCUGGAAUAGUCCUUGAACCUAGCAUAAGAGAACCAUUUGCUAAGUUGAAACACAUCAAAGAGUCAUUAAUUAACAAAAAUAUUUACCCAGCUUUAGAAUGGGCAAAAGAAAAUCGGGCAGUGUUAGAUACUCAGAUGUAUCCUCCAUACCCAUUGGUUAAAAGGAUUUCAUCGGCUUCAAAUUUGCCUAUUCGUAUUCCAUAUCAUGCAAAAAGAACCAAAUUUUCUGGUGGCAUAAUGAAACCAAGGCCAAAGACAAAAAAAAUUAAAAGAAUGGAAUUGGCAAAGAAAAUAUUACAACAAUUUUAUAAGAGUUCUGCUCUUGAGUUUAAGCUUCACCAGCUUGCUUUUUUAUCAAUUAUUCAAAAAGGUGUAGAACAUCAAACUGAAGCUGUUGCCUAUGCCCGAGCUAAUUUUAGUCAAUUUGUUGACAAAUAUGAAAAAGAAAUUCAAACUAUGAUGGGUAUGCUGUUAUUUAUUCCACAAGGAAUCAAUAAAUCACCAUACUCAGAUAUGGUUCAAGAAAAUAUGUGGGAUGAAGUUAUUGAAUUAUUUACAAGGGAUGCUUGUACCUUACUUGGAUUAAGUUUUGAUAGCUUACUGAAUGUCAGUGUUAAUGCUGGUUGUGCAGCUCUCCCUGCACUUUUGAAUAUCAAACAUGUAAUGACACAGAGGAAAGUAAACAAUAUUUGGAAAGGAAAAGAUGAGUUGCCUAUUGAAAUUGAUUUAGACGUGGAGCAUAGAUAUCAUUCAAUGUUUGCAUGUCCAAUUCUCAGACAACAAAGUUCAGAUACCAAUCCUCCAAUGAGACUUAUUUGUGGCCAUAUUAUAUCCAAAGAUGCUUUACAUAAAUUAGGAUCCUCAACUAAAUUAAAGUGCCCAUAUUGCCCAAUGGAACAAAGUUCAUCAGAAGCUAAACACAUAUGUUUUUAG